CGCAUGCGAUCAUCUAAUUUGGUCAAAGAAUAUUUGGGGAUCAGUUUAUGUUAGUUUUUCUCUUCUUUCACCCGCUGAUUCGAAGUAUGAUUUUAGUUUAAUUGUUAUAUAAAAGGAUGAUAUUGUUUUAAGAUUCAUUAUUGAUGAUGAUUAAAGCACAUGUCUUUUACUAGUCGAGGUUUGGGGUAAUUAUGAAUUGCAGUACUGUUCUGUGCUUCAGUGUAGCGAAAGGCGUGUUGAUUUUGAAUCUCAUGGAUGCUUUUGGUAAUUGCUGCUUAUAGAAGGAUUUUUUUGAGGAUUUUAAGGAUUGGUUGGUGCCAUUAAAUUCUUUAAUUGAAAUGUCCUUGUGUGAGAAUGUACAAUCAACUGAAGUUGGGAGCCGAGGUCAUCAAACUGCACCUCCUGUUGCAAGUGAUGGUCGCUCAAAACCUGAUGAUGAUGUGGAGUGGGAGGCAGAGGAAGAAGUGGAGGAUGAGGAAGAUGAGGAGGAAGAUGUAGAUUUCAAUCCCUUUUUGAAGGAAACACCUUCUCCGGAAGCUUCUUCUAGUUUGAGCUCUGAAAUUGAGGGCUUAGAUGGUGAUAUUGUUGAUAGUAGAGCAGAUACUCAUGUUACUAAAGAUGUCAAUCCAUCAAAGAUUAAUGCUAAGGUGCAAAACUCUGAUGUUGGAGAUUCUGAGCAUGGUGAGGAGGAAACUGUGAUGCAAAGUACUGCCUCCCCUGAAUUGCAAAAUACUAUUCCUUUGAAACAUGAUAAGAGGAAAACCGGAUCUAGUUCUCAAUCAGAAAGAGAAAAGGAAAGUCAGUCAAGCACUGUAAAGGAUAGUAUGGUAGGAGACUUGAGUAAUGCUACACAUUCCCAGAAGCCUGUAAUCCAUUUGGAUGAUGCUGAAGAUGACGCUGUCUGUAGGCGUACCCGGGCUCGUUAUUCACUUGCCAGUUUCACACUUGAUGAACUUGAGGCUUUUCUUCAGGAAACAGAUGAUGAGGAUGAUGUUCAAAAUGUUGAUGAUGAAGAAGAGUAUAGGAAAUUUCUUGCAGCUGUUUUGCAAGGUGGGGAUGUUGAUCACCAGUCCACUCAGGGAAAUGAAAAUGUCGACGAUGAAGAUGAGGACAAUGAUGCAGAUUUCGAAAUAGAGCUUGAAGAGGCACUUGAGAGUGAUUAUGAUGAAGCUGCAUUGGAAAAGACACAGGCAGAGGAAUAUCAAAGAGCUGGACGGCGGCCAGAGACAAGGCAGAAUAGACGGCAAAAAGCUUCUGCCCAAUAUGAAAGAAAGCUUUUAGAGCAGACUAAGAGGCCAUUGCGUCCCCUCUUACCAAUUUUGCCUAAUGGGCCAAUCGCACCCAUUCCUACUCUUAAUGGGAAAACUUGCAUGCCUGAGACUUACCGGAGUUGUCUGCCCUCUGCUGCAGUAGAUGGUUGCAUCAAUGGAUUCACUCCGUAUCAAAUAGGCCAGUUGCAUUGCUUGAUACAUGAGCAUGUUCAGCUUCUUAUUCAAAUUUUUUCUCUUUGUGUGCUUGAUCCUUCUCGGCAGCACAUCGCAUCUCAACUUCAGAGAUUGAUUUUUGAGAUGCUUCACAAACGAGAUGAAGGAGUAGCUUGUAAAAGUAAGCUGUAUCCUGAUACUUGCUUCAAGCCCCCAUAUGUCUCUUCAUCAGUGCCAAAUGAGGUCCCCCUUUUGUGCCCUACACAGAGCACUCCGAAAACAUCUACAUUUAAUGCUAAUGGAGCCUGUUUUUCUCCAAAUACUCAGAUGCCUGAUGCUCAAAAUAUUUUCAGUCCUAGCGGAAGAUAUGAACAUGUUUCUAGUGGGCAGUUGAGGUUUUCAUGGGUGCCUUCUUUAAACAGCCCAGGGUUAUCCAUUCUUGAUAUUGCUCCGCUUAAUUUAGUUGGAAGAUAUAUGGAUGACGUUUAUUCUGCUGUCCAGGAGCAUCGACAACGUCACUUGGAGAAUAGUUGUGCUACUCAAUAUGAAAAGGAGCCUCUGUUCCCUCUUCCUUGUUUUCCAUCUGAGGUGGAAGCUAAUAAUGAAGCACUGAGAGGCAGUGCUCUACCAGCUGGCUCUACAGUACCAUCAUCAGUCUGUCAACCACCACCUAAGAAGACAUUGGCUGCUACUCUUGUUGAGAAAACCAAAAAGCAGUCAGUUGCAGUAGUCCCUAAGGAUAUUACCAAGUUAGCACAGAGAUUUUUUCCUUUGUUCAAUCCAGUGUUAUUUCCACAUAAGCCUCCUCCUGUAGCAGUCGCAAAUCGGGUUCUUUUUACCGAUGCAGAGGAUGAAUUACUGGCUUUGGGCAUAAUGGAAUAUAAUUCAGAUUGGAAAGCGAUUCAGCAACGCUAUCUUCCUUGCAAAUCUAAGCAUCAGAUUUUCGUUAGGCAAAAAAAUCGCUGUUCAUCAAAAGCACCAGAAAAUCCCAUAAAGGCAGUCCGGAGAAUGAAAACCUCACCUUUGACUGCGGAAGAGCUGCAAGGUAUUCAGGAGGGGCUCAAGGUUUAUAAACUUGACUGGAUGUCUGUCUGGAAAUUUAUUGUCCCGCACAGAGAUCCAUCUUUGCUACCCCGGCAAUGGCGCAUAGCCCUUGGAACUCAGAAGUCAUAUAAACAAGAUGCAACCAAGAAAGAGAAGCGACGGCUAUAUGAAUCAGAAAGACGAAAACGUAAAGCUGCGUUGACUAAUUGGCAACAUGUGUCCGACAAAGAGGACUGUCAAGCUGAAUAUACUGGUGGAGAGAAUUGCAGUGGAGAUGAUGACAUAGAUAAUGUAGAUGAAUCUUAUGUUCAUGAGGGGUUUUUAGCUGAUUGGAGGCCAGGUACUUCCAAGCUUAUUUCAUCUGAACGUCCUUGCUUGAACAUUAGAAAUAAGAACCUUCCUGGUGAUAUGUCAACAGAAGAGGGGACUCAUGUUACAGAGCAAUCAAAUAACUAUGUGUCUGCAGUCAUUCGGCCCUUGACUGGUCAUAUGCAGGGAUCUCCACAUGCAUUGAACCAAUCCCAGCAUCCUUACGCUACCUCUCAUCAUGCAUCUAAUGCAUUGCAACCAACCCAUCCUGUUCCUAAUAUGAUAUGGAAUGCCUCCAAAUCUCAAAUAUAUUUACGGCCAUAUCGAUCGCGUAAAUCCAACAAUCUACGCUUAGUGAAAUUGGCACCAGACUUGCCCCCGGUGAAUCUUCCACCAUCUGUUCGUGUAAUCUCGGAGUCAGCUCUGAAAACCAAUCAAUGUGGAGCAUACACCAAGGUUUCUGCAACUGGAGAUGGUGUUGUUGCUGCUGGAAUAGGAAAUACAGUUUCUCCUUUUUCUCAUUCUGCUAAGGCGUUGGCCAAUAAAAGACAUAAAAGCAAUCCAACAAGAGCAAACAUCACAAGUUCUCUCUCAGAAGAAUCUGGAGUUGUCAAGAACAAAAGUGUUGCGGAAGAAAGAAGUACUCAUACAGAUCUUCAGAUGCAUCCAUUGCUGUUCCAGGCCCCUGAAGAUGGACAAGUGCCAUAUUAUCCAUUGAAUUGUGGAACUGGUGCAUCCAGUUCUUUCAGUUUCUUUUCUGGAAAUCAGCCCCAACUAAACCUAAGUCUCUUUUACAAUCCUCAGCAAACUAACCAUUCUGUUGAGAGUUUGACCAGAUCUUUGAAGAUGAAGGACUCUGUUUCAAUAUCAUGUGGCAUUGACUUCCACCCACUCCUGCAAAGAACUGAUGAUACAAAUAGUGAACUGGUGACUGAAUGCUCAACUGCAUCUCUAUCUGUUAAUUUAGAUGGCAAAUCUGUUGCACUCUGUAAUCCUUCCAAUGCUGUUCAGAUGAAGUCAGUGGCCCAGUGCAGCCCUUUUGCCACCAGAUCUAGACCCUCUAGCCCUAAUGAGAAAGCUAAUGAACUAGACUUGGAGAUCCAUCUCAGUUCUUUAUCUACAAAAGAGAAUGCAGCAUUAAGUGGGGAUGCGGCUACACAUCAUAAAAACUCAGCAGUUAGUUUACUAAAUUCUCAAAAUUCAGCAGAAACACGAGACACUACCCAUUCAUCAGGCAACAAGUUUGUUUCAGGUGCCCGUGCAUCAACUAUACCAAGCAAAACCACUGGCAGAUACAUGGAUGAUACAAGUGAUCAGUCUCAUCUGGAGAUUGUGAUGGAACAAGAAGAGUUAAGUGACUCAGAUGAAGAGUUUGAAGAACAUGUGGAGUUUGAGUGUGAGGAAAUGGCUGAUUCUGAAGGAGAAGGUUCAGGCUGCGAGCAAGUUUCUGAGAUGCAAGAUAAGGAGGCCGAAGGUUCUACAACAAGAAAAACUGUGACAGAUGAAGAUUUUAAUAAUCAACAACAGGAAUUAAGCGCCCGUUGUAACUCACAGGGCAAUAUUUGUGUUCCUGAAAAGGGAACCCCACCUUUCUUGAAACUGGGUUUGACAUGUCCAAGGAAGGAUGCAAGUAGUUCAUGGUUGAGCUUGGAUUCAUCUGCAUCAGGCCGUACUUCACGCUCAAAACCUAAGAAUGAAGUGAGUACAAUAAGCAAAGGCCCUCCUACUAAAACUUUGGCUUCAUAUCGUCUCAACAGACCCUUGAAGCAUGCAACACCAAGCACAAGAAAAGUCACGGUGCAGGAACAUGCUAUAGACAUGGCUGAACAACUCAGCUUGGGUCCUCUUUCUGUCCCAACAUUGAGGAAACCAAGAAAACGUCGGGCUAAUACAAUUGCAAAUACUGGUUCGAGUUUAGGAAACCCCAAAAACGAUGCUAAAGACAGUGGUUAAUCAACUAUGCUUUCAUUGUUGGCGAAUGGUGAUUAAUCUAACCAGGUUGCUUAUAUUCCCUGGACACUGCCAACCCAAUCAGAAAACGAGAGAAAGUUCAGUCAAAGCUCAAAUAAUAAAAAAAACAGAAAGGUAAUCAAUCCCCCUUCAUGAGUAAGUUAUGGAGAUUUUGUUCUCAUAUGUCUGCUGGCAUGGCUGGGAGGAGGGUCCUCUUCCAGGUUUUGCACCUCCACUUUCCAUGCUCCUUUUGGUAAAUGAUAAUGCUAAUUAGCAAUGGCUCGAGUAAACCUAGUGCCAUGUUUGUCAAUGCUCUUGUACAGAAAUUUUGCUUUGUAUCUACCAGUUUAUGGACAAUAUCAAUUGAUUCCAAGGGAAUUGUAAGAAGUUAGAGCAAGUUCAUCUCAAAAACUUAAGUCUUUAUCAUAUUGAUUCUUUUUUUCUUUAAUGUAAAAACCCAUUUGUCUGCUGAA